AAAUUCACAGUGCUAUGAUGUGCUGAGUUAAAAUCCCUCAUUUGUUCUCUCUAAAACUCAUAACCCAUUUUCUUUCUCAUUCUUCCCCCCAUCCCUCCCCCCUUAUAUAUAUUUCUCUUCCCUUUAUUAUAAGAGAAGAGAAAUUAUGUGCGUGCUUUAGAGUGAGGGAGAAGAAAGAAGGGAGAGAAAGGGAGUGUUUGAUAUUUUGAUGGUCCAAGGCUGAAUCUUCUGCCACAACACCACCAUCCACUAACAAUGACUGUCACUACUGCCUAUCUCAAUGCUACAGAAAAGAAACACUGGUGGCUCACCAACCGAAAGAUUGUUGAGAAAUAUAUCAAAGACGCUCGCAGCCUCAUUGCGACCCAAGAAGAGAGCGAGAUCGCUUCGGCUCUGAAUCUUCUAGACGCGGCUCUGGCCAUCUCUCCACGGCUAGACCGAGCUCUUGAGCUGAGAGCGAGGUCUCUUAUCUAUCUUCGGAGGUUCAAAGACGUAGCAGAUAUGCUUCAGGACUACAUUCCGAGCCUCAGAAUGGCAAACGAUGAUUCGAGCUCUGUUUCUUCGGAUAGCUCAUCUCAACAGCUUUCAAGGGAAGGUGUGAAGCUCCUCUCAUCCUCGGAUUCCCCUGUUCGGGAUCAGAGUUUCAAGUGCUUCUCUGUCUCUGACUUGAAGAAGAAAGUCAUGGCAGGACUCUGUAAAACUUGCGACAACGAAGGGCAUUGGAGGUACUUGGUUUUGGGUAAAGCAUGCUGCCACCUAGGCCUAAUGGAGGAUGCAAUGGUUCUUCUACAAACAGGUAAACGCCUAGCCAGCGCCGCGUUCCGCCGCGAGAGCGUGUGUUGGUCCGACGACAGCUUCUCACUACCCAACACACCAUUCUCCGGUGACGCCAACACGAACACACCACCCACCACGCCACCCGGCACCCCUCUCACCGAGUCCGAAACCGUCACACAACUCCUCGCACACAUCAAGCUCCUCCUCCGGCGCCGUGCCGCCGCAAUCGCCGCCCUGGACGCAGGCCUCCAUUCUGAGGCCAUACGCUACUUCUCAAAGAUCGUUGAAGGCCGGCGCGGCGCCCCACAAGGGUUCCUCGCCGAAUGCUACAUUCACAGAGCCACCGCGUACCGUUCCGCAGGUCGAAUUGCAGAGUCCAUCGCCGAUUGUAACCGGACACUAGCCCUGGACCCCACUUGCAUCCAAGCUCUAGAAACCAGAGCCUCUCUUCUCGAAACCAUUCGUUGCUUUGUGGAUUGCUUGCACGACCUGGAACACCUGAAGCUCCUUUACAACUCCAUCUUGCGCGAUCGCAAGCUCGCGGGUCCUGCGUGGAAGCGCCAAAACGUGAGGUACAGAGAGAUUCCUGGUAAACUCUGCACCCUCACAACAAAGAUUCAAGAACUGAAACAAAGGGUUGCUUCCGGCGAGACCGGCAACGUUGACUACCAUGCUUUAAUCGGGUUGAGACGAGGUUGUUGUCGAUCGGAAUUACAGAGAGCUCAUUUGUUGCUCUGUUUGAAGCACAAGCCCGACAAGGCUACCAGUUUUGUCGAUCGGUGUGAACUCGCGGACGAACGCGAUCUCGAGUCGGUUAAGGAUAGGGCGAAGAUGUCGGCGUUGUUGCUGUUUAGGUUGCUUCAAAAGGGUUACACGAACGUGAUGUCUACUAUCAUGGAUGAAGAAGCUGCUGAGAAACAGAGGAAGAAGGCUUUGCAAGCGGUUCAAGUUCAGGUGCAAGUGCAACAAACAACAGUAACAGAACCUGAAUUGAAUAAUAAUAAUAAUAAUAAGUCGGAUAAGUUGGAAAUCAAGUGCACUAUGUCUUCUCCUUCCACAGCCAAUCCGUCUGUUUUUCAAGGUGUAUUUUGCCGUGAUCUUUCUGUGGUUGGGAACUUGCUUUCACAGGCGGGGUUCAACCGUUCAAUUCCGAUGAAGUACGAGGCUUUGAGCUGUUAAUUAAUUGGGGAUGUUUUUUCAGGCAGAAAGAAGCUGCUCCGGUUUGUCACUUACUGUACAAAAAGGGUUAAAUUUUUGGACUGCCGGAAAAUUUUGUCACUUUUUUUUUUUUUUAAUGUUUUACAAUUUGCUAUUUAUUAUAUUCAUCUACUAGAUGUACAGGAUAUCAGUUUGAAAGUCUAAUUUUGGACU